AGGAAAAACCCAAGCCCGGACGCACAUUGUACGGAAUCCAAAAUUGAGACCAUAGUCCAAAUCCUAAACCCUGUUUUGGUUCCAAAUUCUUGUUUGUUGUAGCGAACCAACCUUCCCCUUGUUCUUAGGGUUCAGUUUUGAGUUGACCCAUCACACUCUUCUUAUACUUGUACAUGGCAACGGAACAGAAUGAGAGCACACAAAGGAACAACCUUGUCGUCAGAAAACCAUGUUUUGGUCUCCCAACCGGUUGCCCUCAAUGUCUGUCAGCUUACAUCUUUCUCAAGCUCUCUCAACAUCCCUUCAACUUAGACUACCACCCUAACUACCCUGAUUCUGAUCAGAUUCCUUACUAUGAGGCUGGUGAUUGUGUGGCAUAUAAUAAUGAGAAGGAGGGGAUCGUUGAGUGCUUGAAAAGGGAUGUGGGUGAUUUAGAUAGUGGGGUUUCUUCUCUCCCUGAUUGGAUACCAACCAAGGUGAUGCUUACCACCUGGCUUGCUGAUGCACUUGAGUAUGAACUAUGGGUGGGAUGUGACAGUUCCUCGGCUUAUGGUAUCUAUUAUUCUGACCUCCCCUGGCCUAUAGGGAAGGUCUUGUUAUGGAAGAAAGCUGUCUGGGUAAAGCAGAAACAUGGGAUAAAUAAAGACAAUGCUGAAGUAAAGGAAGAAGAGAUUUAUGCGAGAGCAAACUCUGCAUAUGAUGCUCUGUCGACUUGGUUAGGGGAACAGAACUACCUUUUCGAAAACAGGCCAUCCAGCUUGGAUGCUAUUUUUCUUGCACAUGCAUUAGUUGUUCUUCAAGCUUUACCUGAAUCAUCAAUUUUGAGGUCCAAGUUUUUGGAGCAUGCCAAUUUAGAGAGAUAUGUGCAACAACACAAGACAGAACUUAUAGAAGCUGGUACUUCUCCUUCCAAUGAUCCACAUUUGCAUGCAGACCCAUCAUCAUCAGCUUCUAGUAGUCGUUCAACUUCAAGUUCAAAGCCCAAGACUAAACCCAAAAAAAAGCCACAAACAAAGGAGGAGAAAACCUUUAGAAGAAGGGCUAAAUAUUUUGUGGUAGCACAGGUGGUUGCUUUGGUUCUUUUCUACAGUGUCAUCUCUGGAUAGUAAUAAUGCUGGGCUGAUUGACCGUAGUGGGGCUCUUUUAAAAACAUUUUACGCAAAUGAGGUUGUUUUGUAACUAAUUAGACUUUUGGGGCUGUUUACAACAGUAUCGCUAUGGGCCAUAGCGACACCCAUGACAUGUGGCAUUUUUUGAACUUCAGGAAAGUCAUGAAAGCCAUAUUGAUAAUGUCGCUAUAGCCUAGGAUGACACAAAACGGCUUCACUCAAGUCACUAUAGCCUACAGCGCUACAUUUUUAAUAUGAUUUUUUUUUAAAAAUAUAAGUAAAUAGUUAAAAAAAAAAAAAUUUU